AUGUUGCCUGCCUUCAGCGUGAAGCAUCCAAUGGAGACCGUUGCUAAGCUCGCCUCUGAGGCCUGGAUAAAGGUCAGUUCGUCGGGGUCAUGGGAGGUGGGUGGGAAACAAAACAGCCCUUUUGCCGACACCUCUGGCAUCAGUGUCUUGAAGCGGGCGAACAAGUUGCUUCGUGAGGUAGAGCGCUCCACUUCCACUCUAUCUCUGAGUUCCGAUGAAUCGAAAGUGGUCACCGGUUCUGCCACUGUCACAGAGGCACAGCAGCAUCGACACCGGCUUUUCGCAACUUUGGUGCCCGCCUUUGCACUCCUUGUUACGAUAGUGGAUGAACCACCACCAAGUUAA